AUGUUGUAGGAGAAAGCCGAGAAGCCGUCGAUGGAAGAAAGAUCCUUUGAUGCACUGGAGAAGGAGUUCCAGGAUGUCCUGAAUGAACUGGUGGGAGAGAAGAGUCUUGAGAAAUUCACUGUGGAAUAUGAAAAGCUCCUCACAUCCCUGAAAAAAUCACAUGAGAACGAGAAGAGGCUGAUGACAAAAUGCCGAGAGCUGAAAGCAGAGAUAAGCAGCAAUUCUGUCAAAGUGGAAGCGGCCCUGAAGCUCUCACACGAAGACCAAACCACCAUUAUGUCACUUAAAAAGGAAAUCGAUAAGGCUUGGGAAAUGCUGGAUGCGGCUCAUGAGAAGGAGAAGAGGGCUAAAGAAACUAUUAAAACUCUACAGCAGGAAAUCGACAGUCUUACUGCACUUGUUGAGCAAGGAGCUGUUUUAUCCACAGCUGAAGCGCAGAGCGUGGGCGAUCUAUUGAAAAUCAAGGAGCGGUUGACGGUUGAGAGAGACGAGCUGCUCUCAGAGCUGGUGACUCUCCGAGACAAUUUUGAAAAGGCCACGACCAAGCAGAACGAGGCAGAGGAGGCGAACAUGAAGGCCCAGGAAACCAUCUUACAGCUGCAGCAGGACAUCCAGGUCCGUCAGAACGAGUGCUCGAGGGAGACCCGCCAGAAAGAGAAGCUGGAGAAGGAGCUGAAACAGCUUCGUGCAGAUGUUGAAGUCCAGCAGCUGGAAAUGAAAAGUUUAAAUGCACAAUGCCAGCGUGGGAGUGAUGAACAGCAGAGGAUGGAGCAGCAGCUUCAUGAGCAAAAGAUUCUGAACGAGAGAGUCUCUAAGGAGCUGGAGCAGCUGCAAGUACGCAACACUAAACUCCAGCACGAGAAUGAACAGAAUUCGCUCGGCUUGGAGCAGCUUACCUACGAAAAUAACCAACGAGCCUCUGAACUGAAGAUGGAGAGAGAGGAGGUGAGUCAGAUGAAGCAGGAGAUUGCUAAGCUUACUAAGAUAAGGGAGGCCACUCAGAAGAAGCUUCGCCUGAUGGAGGAGCAGAAGCUGGAGGUGGAACAGCAGAGAGAAACCCUGAAGAACCAGAUCACAGGCUUAGAGAAAGAAAUGGAGAUGGCACAGAAAAAGACAGAAAGUGACAAGAAGAAAAUAGACGAAUUGAUCCGGGAGAAAGACAUGCUGAGUAAGAAUAUGAUUAAGGCAGCCAACGCCACUGAGAAGCAGUUAAACUUGGUCAAGCUGCAUGAGCAGACGAAGAAGACGCUGGAUCAGGAAAUUCUCAACUAUCGAGACGAGGCACAGAAGCAGCGCAAGAUCAUUUUUCAGCUGGAAAAAGAGCGAGAUCGCUACAUCAACGAAGCCAGUGACCUCACUCAGAAGGUUUUAUCGCAUAUGGAGGAACUGAAGGUGCGAGAGAUGGAGAUCUUUGAAUACAAGAAGAAGAUCGCAGAGGCAGAGACAAAGCUUAAGCAGCAACAGAAUCUUUACGAGGCAGUCAGGGCUGAACGCAACAAUUACAGCAAGAAUCUGCUUGAUACUCAGCAUGACAUCACAGAUAUGAAGCGCAAGAUGAAGUCCAUGAGCCAAGAGACCGGUCAGCUCACAGAAGAGAUCAAGAGCAAGGAGGCAGCACUGGUCAAAGAGCAUCUCGAGUUCCAGCGCAUAGAGAAAGAAAAGGAAGGUCUUAAGGCUGAGCUUCAGAAGAUGAAGCAGCAGGCACAAGAGACCAAGCAGUACAUAGAAAACCAGGAGUUAGAGGAGCAGAAGUUACUGAAAAUCAUAGCAGAUGCUGAUGCCGAGAAAGUGCGUCAGAAGAAAGAACUGGACCAGGUAAUUAGCGAGCGGGACAUUCUCGGGACUCAGCUGGUGCGGCGGAAUGACGAACUGGCACUGCUUUAUGAGAAGAUCAAAAUCCAGCAGUCCAUCCUGAACAAGGGCGAGAUCCAGUACAACCAGAGGGUGGAGGACAUCCGCUUACUUAAGCUGGAGAUCAGAAGACUGCGGAGGGAAAAGACAGUCCUCAACAAGACUGUGUCCAAUGUAGAAGACCUCAGGCGGGAGGUGUACCACAUGCAAAGGGAGCUGAUUAAGGAGCGUGCAAGAUGUCAAAGCUUGCAAGAAGAACUUGAAAGUCCCAUGAACGUUCAUCGUUGGAGAAGACUUGAGGCAAGUGACCCGAGCACCUUCGAGCUGAUCCAGAAGAUUCACUCUCUUCAGCGACGCCUGAUAACCAAAACCGAGGAGGUAGUGGAGAAAGAGCUUCUGCUGCAGGAAAAGGAGAAGCUGUAUGUGGAACUGAAGCAUAUAUUAGCUCGUCAGCCUGGUCCAGAGGCAGCCGAACAACUUCAGAUCUACCAGCAAACACUGAAGGAAAAGACCAAACAGCUCAAGGCGCUGUCGUCAGAACUCAACAUGUGCGAGUCUCAGGCACAGGAGUACAAGUACGAGAUUGAGAGAUUGGCUGGUGAGCUACAGAACGUGAAAAAGAAAUAUUUCAUGCAGAAACGCAAGGAGCAGGCAUGCAGAGAAAAGGAAAGGGGUUUGGCACAGACUGGGCAACCCCUGAUUGUGCCUCAGCGCAUCGAUGGACCCCGUUUUACAGGGGGAGGUUUCAGCCUGAAGCAGGGCAACAAAAUUGCUGCCUGAAUACCUCCUAAUAUCUCUCUCUCUCUCUCUCUCUCUCUCUCUCUCUCUCUCUGUCUGUCCCAGGCUGGCUGUUCAGUCCAUGAAAAUAAAUCGCAGUGCUCACAGUGUAACAUUACGGUCGAGUGAAAUUAAAACACAAAAAGCCAUUGUUCUCAUUUAUCAAUUGUACGUAAAGCAGAUGUCUUUGCACUGGUGUUAAUGGCUUUGGUUUGUUUCUAUUGGUUUCAUUAGCACGCUUGUUCUUUGCCAUUGGUUAAAAGAGCAGAAGCACUCAUGCUAUUAAUGAUCUUUUUUUUCUCAUUCCAAUAC